AGUGCCAGAUAUCGUCUGCUAGUUCAUAAAUGUUUUUCCUUUGGUGUAAACAAGACUAACACUAUUUGCUUUCAAAACAUAACUUUUGUUUCUAUAACCUCAUCAUAAAAGAUAUUAUUAAUUUGUACUGAACUGACUCUGAUAUCACACGCUCUAGUUCGCUUCAUCAACAAGACAGCUAAAGAGGAGUUCUGAGAAAUAUGAGUGGGACUAUUAACAAUGGGUCCUCCACACCAACUUCUGUUGGUUUUAUCGGGGCUGGUGUAGCCGUAAUUUUUUUUGGGAGUAAUUUUGUUCCAUUGAAGAAAUUUGAAACCGGAGAUGGACUCUUUUUUCAAUGGAUUCUCUGCAUCGCAAUAUGGCAUGUUGGUCUGGUAGUAAAUGCAAUAAGAAAAUUUCCAAUUUUUUAUCCUCUAGCAAUGGUGGGAGGAACGCUAUGGUGUAGUGGAAAUGUUCUCACAGUUUUCAUUAUCAAAACAAUUGGCUUGGGUCAGGGAUUUCUAAUAUGGGGAAUGUCUAACUUAAUAUUUGGCUGGGUUAGUGCAAGAUUUGGUUGGUUCGGCAUCAAAGAAGAAAUUCCGCAAAACCAAGUGAUGAAUUUUUGCGGAGUUGGAUUAGCAUUAGUAUCAACUGUGAUAUAUAUUUUUAUCAAGAGUGAAACAAAUGGCCGCAUAGUUAGGGAGAAUGAUGGCAGAGAACCUUUGCUACCUCAUGACCAAUCAAAUGUGCAAACUAUCGAACACCAAGAGGUGGAUGAAACUAUUACAAGAAGAGAAAGCCUUACAUUUGUGGAUAGAAUUUCGUCCAGAAAUAAGCGUUUACUGGGGAUAUUAGCGGCAUUAUAUGCAGGAUCGAUGUAUGGUUUAAGUUUUACUCCUGUUAUUUAUAUUCAGGAUAGAUAUGACGGAGCAUCUGAUAACGGCUUGGAUUACGUUUUCGCCUACUUCACUGGAAUUUUGGCCACAAGUACACUUUUUAUGUUCAUUUAUUGCAUUUUCAUGAAGAACAAACCAAGAGUCUAUCCAAAAGCUAUUCUCCCUGGGAUAAUAUCUGGAAUAAUGUGGGGAAUAGCCGAUGCUGGUUGGUUUAUUGCGAAUAAGGUUCUUUCUGCUCCGAUAUCAUUUCCUAUAAUAACGACAGCUCCACCUCUCAUUGGAGUAUUAUGGGGGACCCUUGUAUUUAAAGAGAUUAGAGGAAAGAAAAACUAUGCUUUAUUGAUACUUGCUGGAUUAAUAACGAUAGCAGGAGCUGUGCUUACAGGUUUAUCAAAAGGUGAUUGA